UAUCUAUUGGCUUACUUAAACUGUACCCUGGCUAGGCUAGUUGCUCUCAUUUCAUGUGCCACACUCCGCAGUGACCUUUUCUUUAGUAAUUUAUUUAAUGUACUAAUGUAAAUAUAUCCCUCUAUACAUUCUACAAAUACCCGAAACCACAUACACAUGCAGUGUUCUUCAACACCAUUUUCACAUUCACUCUCCCCUUUUUACACAGAUCACCGUCACUUAUUCAUCUUCGAUUUUGAGCCCAAUAAUACUAUGAUUCUUGUCCCUCUCUCGAACUCUAAGUAGAUUCGAGGGCUGACAUCUGGAAAAGAAAAAAAAAAGCAAAGAUCUUGAUUCAAAAGGUGUCUGUAUGUGUUUACUAUUGGCUGAAUUUCAUUGGUUUUUGACUCUGACCCAAGUGAGUUAAGCCACAGUUGAUGUGGUUAAAUGCCCUUUUGGCUAGUUUUUGGGUUGAAUGAAUGAAAUGGGUCGGUGUGGAUUGUUGAUUUGGUGGUGAAUUGAGAGAAGAAUCUGUGAAAGAUGCGGCGGCGGCAGGCCGAUUACCGGCGCUCAGUUAGGAGGAGGUUUCCUCAUUGGAUCUGGGUUCUUCUUGGAUUGUUCUCUAUUGCAGGCCUGUAUUUGUUCGUAGUUCACCAUAACCAGAAUGAAGAUCGGGUAGAACAGCCGAUACUGGAGAAAAAUACAAGAAUCCAACAAGUUGCCCGGGAAGAUUUAAAUUUUACACAAGAAAUAUUGAGUGCUACCUCAUUUUCUCGGCAAUUGGCAGAGCAAAUCACACUAGCUAAAGCAUAUGUCAUUAUUGCCAAGGAGCACAACAACCUUCAUCUUGCUUGGCAACUUAGCACAAAGAUUAGAAGCUCUCAACUUUUGCUAUCAAAAGCAGCUAUGCGGGGAGAGCCUUUAACAUUUGAGGAAGCAGAACCAAUAAUCAAGAGCCUGUCAUCUCUAAUAUUUAAAGCACAAGACACUCAUUACGACAUUGCAACAACAAUAAUGACAAUGAAGUCUCAUAUUCAAGCCCUUGAAGAGCGUGCAAAUGCAGCAACUGUUCAAAGUACUGUGUUUGGCCAACUAGCAGCUGAAGCACUGCCGAAAAGCCUCAAUUGCCUAAUUGUUAAGCUUACCACUGAUUGGCUUUUGAAGUCAUAUAUGCCAGAACUUGCAAAUGAAAAUAGAAACUCUCCACGGCUUGUGGAUAACAAUCUCUACCAUUUCUGCAUAUUUUCAGAUAAUGUGCUGGCCACAUCAGUUGUUGUCAACUCCACUAUCUCCAAUGCUGAGCAUCCAAAACAGUUGGUCUUCCACAUUGUUACAAAUAGAAUCAACUAUGGUGCAAUGCAGGCUUGGUUCCUGAGCAAUGACUUCAAAGGAUCUACAAUAGAAGUGCAAAGUAUUGAGGAACUUGCAUGGCUGAAUGCAUCCUAUGCUCCAGUUGUCAAACAGCUUGUUGAUACUAAUUCACGGACCUAUUAUUUUGGGGCCUUUCAAGAUUCAAAAGCUGAGCCAAAACUGCACAAUCCCAAGUAUCUGUCUUUGCUAAAUCACCUGAGGUUUUAUAUCCCACAGAUCUAUCCACAGCUAGAGAAGGUAGUUUUUCUUGAUGAUGAUGUUGUUGUCCAAAAGGAUCUGACCCCACUUUUUUCGUUGGAUCUACAUGGAAAUGUGAAUGGGGCAGUAGAAACUUGUCUUGAAGCAUUCCAUCGGUAUUACAAGUAUCUUAACUUCUCAAACUCAGUCAUAAGCUCCAAAAUUGACCCACAAGCGUGUGGAUGGGCAUUUGGCAUGAAUGUGUUUGAUCUAAUCGCAUGGAGGAAAGCAAAUGUAACUGCAAGGUAUCAUUACUGGCAGGAGCAAAAUAGUGAUGGGACACUUUGGAAGCUGGGAACUCUUCCUCCUGGUCUUCUGACUUUUUAUGGUCUUACAGAGCCCCUGGACCGGAGAUGGCAUGUCUUAGGAUUGGGUUAUGAUAUCAAUAUCGAUAAUAGACUGAUCGAGAGCGCAGCUGUUAUUCAUUUCAAUGGGAACAUGAAACCAUGGCUGAAGUUGGCCAUUGGCAGGUACAAGCCUUUGUGGGAGCGGUAUGUAAACCAAAGCAACCCUUGUAUUGAAGAAUGCAUCACAAGUUAAAAGUAUGCUACUUUCCCGCUGGUGAUACUUUCUGUGAUCUACACAACUUUUUUAAAACUUCCAAUCUGGGAUCACAUUACUGUAGAGUCAGAAGUAGAAAAUUUUGACUUUGUUAGGAAGUUAUGCUUCUUCUCCAUUAUAGUAUUUUACAAGAGCAACAAGAUUUGUUUUAUACAAUAGAAACAUCAAACGUACUAGGCAAAACAGUGUGAAAGAUUCAUUUUUGGUUGAUGGGGUUUUCCUAUUAUCCUUCUGCCAGCUAUAGAAUUAUUUGUUCAGCUAUUCUUGUAAUAAUUAUCAGCUUUUUUUUUUUAAUUUAUGUUGUAACAAAACAAUUUUUUUUGUCCUCUCUGUACUGUUUCACUUAAAAAUGAACUAGAAAAUCUUAUGUUGAGUGAAAUUUUUGAAAUUGUCAGAUC